AUGAACCUGAGCCCUGUGAAGAAUCGCGCCGCUGGGCGGCCGAUUCCUGUUGAGCCGCGGGCGAGGCCUGGGGCGAGCACCGCAACUCAGGCGUUGUGGUUGUGUAGUUCGUAUCCGCUCCUCCCGCACGACCUUGCGUCGGACAUCCAGCAGUUCAUCGAGUCCGAGUUUGCGAGGCAGUAUUUCUCGACGCACCGCACGGGAUUCAUAUUCAAGCGCAAGGUGCCCGUGGCGCAGAUGAUGUCCUGGCAGAAGGCACCCCUUACCGCGCCCCUCCUCGUCAUCAACCGCGGACUGCAGAAAGACGCCGUGAAGAUAUUCAAAGUCGUCCAGCGCAUCAUGGGCGACAGGGACCGCGACCGGCCGGUCGGCGUGCGCACGCAGGAGGCGCACGUCUCGACUGUCGCCAGUAUCAACAACGGUGUGGGACACAUGACUGACCGAGAACGGAGCGGGCUGCUCGAGGAGGAGCGGUGGCUGCUCGGCGAGGGACUCGCGCAUGGAGAGCUCAGGGACGAGAUUUAUUGCCAGGUGAUGAAGCAGCUGAGCGGGAACCCGAAUCCCGAGAGCGUGUUCAAGGGGUGGCAGCUCAUGUGUGUCCUGCUGAUCACGUUCCCGCCGUCCAAAGACUUUGAGAGGUACCUCCAGUCGUUCAUCCAGCAGCGGACUACGCAGGCAGAGGGGAGAGUAGACGUUAUGGCCAAGUAUUGUCUUCGCCGGCUGGCGUAUAUUUCGAAGAAGGGACCUCGGGGGAAGCCGCCCAGCACUUCUGAGAUAGAGGUGGCUUCCGACGCAGCGUUCAACCCGUCCAUUUUUGGCGAAUCCCUCGACAUCAUCUUCCGCCUGCAGCAGCGGACGUACCCGCAGGCGAAAGUCCCGAUCAUCCUGCCCUUCCUCGCAGAUGGGAUCCUGGCGCUGGGCGGCACCAAGUCCGAGGGCAUCUUCCGCGUGCCCGGCGACGGCGACUCGGUCGCGGAGCUCAAGCUGCGUCUCGACCAGGGGUACUACACGCUCGACGGCGUCGACGAUCCGCACGUGCUCUCGUCGCUGCUGAAGCUCUGGCUGCGCGAGCUGCUCGACCCGCUCGUGCCCGACGAGCUGUACAACGACUGCAUCAGCCACGCGAAGGACGCCGAGGCGUGCGUGGGCAUCGUGCAGCGCCUGCCGACGAUUAAUCGGCGGGUGGUGCUGUUUGUGAUCAGCUUUCUGCAGCUGUUUUUGGAAGAGAAGGUGAUGGGCGUGACGAAGAUGACGAGCGCGAAUUUGGCGCUGGUGAUGGCGCCGAAUUUGCUGAGGUGCAGCUCGGAGUCGAUGGCGAUUGUCUUCACGAACGCCCAAUAUGAACAGCAUUUCGUGCAUAACCUCCUCCUGCACCUGAAAUGCAACACCGUUGACCCAGACUAUGUCCCGCAACACGGCCUGGGCGCGAUACAGACCGCUCCACCACCACCGCGCAUGUCCAAGACGCGCAGCCGUCGCUCGUAG